AUGGAGGGAUUCUACGGUGUUGAAGUGGCUGCUGGGAAGCAGGUGAGUCUCAAGAUCCCCGAGGAGCAUGCCCUCCGCCUCACCCAGCUCGCCCUCCCCGCCAACGCCAGCGCCGCGAUUUCGCUGAUUGUUUCCUUCCAGGGGAAGCAGUUCACCAUCGCCACGCUGGACCCCAAGAGGAACGUCUUCCAGAUGAGCACAGACCUCGUCUUCACGGAGCCCACGACGCUGACCGCAACAGGUGCGGGCUGCGUGCACGUGACGGGCUACGUCCAGCCUGUCGGCGACGACGUGGACAGCUUCGCCGGCCACGACUUCGACGACGAUGAGGAGGAGGAGAUGGUCCCGAAGAAGAAGAAUGGCAAGCCCGCCGCCCCCACCGGAGACGACGAAGAGGAGGAGGAUGAGGAAGACGAGGACGAAGAGGUGGACGGCGUGCAUGCUGAGGACGAGGACGACGAAGAGGAAGACGACGACGAAGAGGAAGACGACGACGAAGAGGAAGACGAGGACGAAGAGGAAGACGAGGACGAAGAGGAAGACGAGGACGAAGAGGAGGGGGACGGCGUGCAUGCUGAGAAGGACGACGACGACGAGGAGGACGAGGACGACGACGAGGAUGAGGAAGAAGAGCAGCCAAGAAAGAUACAGCGCACCGAACAGGGUGGGUUCCGCGGUGGCAACCGAGGUGGCUUCCGUGGCGGGCGCGACGGUGAUCGCGGCGGCUUCCGUGGCGGACGCGGCGGUGACCGCGGUGGCUUCCGUGGCGGACGCGGCGGUGAUCGCGGUGGCUUCCGUGGCGGACGCGGCGGUGACCGCGGAGGCUUCCGUGGCGGACGCGGCGGUGACCGCGGAGGCUUCCGUGGCGGACGCGGCGGUGAUCGCGGAGGCGGCUUCCGCGGCGGACGCGGCGGUAACCGUGGCCGGUAUUAG